AUGCGCGUAUCAGUACUUCUCUCCCUUGGGGCGCUUCUCACCAGCACAAUCGCCAUCACCAGCACGACCAUCCUCACGCCAGUGGAACAAUCACCGUACUACUAUCUGGGAUGCUAUCCUUACACUGCCGAAACCGCCAUCGGGGCAUACGACAUACCGAACAUCGCCACGGGCUACAAUAAUGGCAACCCAGUCGACUGCCAAAUCGGCUGUGAUCAGCAAUUUCAUGCGCCUUACGUCUUCAUGUACGGCACAUACUGCUACUGCCAGGUCCGCGAGUUCGAGUUCGACAUCCACCAGCCGGGUGGCGCUCCGGUCGACAAUUCCCUUUGCACCACGCCGUGCUUCGUGGACCCCAACGCCCCGUGUGGCACAUUGUCCAAUACGGAUGCUGGGAGGUAUGUCACGGUGUACGGGAAGUACGGCCCCAGAGCGUCCUUCAGCCCACGCGUGUCUCCGACUAGCAGCACACGGUCUACAGCCGUCACAUCGUCGAGUAUCCGCACGAUUGCCUCAACGUCGACAUCAUCAACGCCUCAAAGCAGGUCUCUCACCCCCUUGCCGCGGCCGCCAUACUCGUAUCUAGGAUGCUACUCCUUCGUGAGCGUCCAGUCGGGUGCAAUUUGGCAAUUCCAAGGCACUGCAGUCGGUGAUCCGGUAGCGUGCCAGGCUGCGUGCGAUGCUGCCGGGUCGCCGUUCCUGAUGAUGCUAUUUGACUCGUGUUAUUGCCAGCCUGCGAGUGCUGGCAUCAACGCACCACCAGGUCUUCCUGCAGCUGAUUCAGAGUGCAGCAUUGCCUGCCGCAAUAGCCCUGGCUCUCCCUGCGGUGGCUCAGCCUCGGGGCUGUUCUACACCGUGUACGGUGGUAGACAGCCAGGUGUCUCGUCGUCAAAUACAUUGCCCCUCACGGCAUCGCGACUCACCUCUACCAGAACUUCAAUGUCAUCUGCGUCGCCUUCGGCAUCUUUGUUCCCAGACCCUUUGCCUCCAUACAACUACGUCGGAUGCUAUUACAUGCUAAGUAUUUGUAACACGGACGUGUUCACGUUGCAAAGCGACAUCCUCGGCAACCCAGCUGCGUGUCAAGCAAGAUGCUUGGAUCGUUUGCGAUCUCACUUUGUCACUUUGGUGGGAACAAACCUCGAUCUCUUCUACGAGCCCAAACAGCAUGAUUCUGGCUUCAAGGUCCUCAACGUCUACAUCCACCACAACAGUGAGGUCCUCAACGUCCUCAUCCACGAGAACAACCGCCAACACCUUACCGUCUUCUGCGAGCCCAUCACCCGCAGUCAUGUCUUCCAGUACCUCGACGUCUCCCUUAUUUGGUUCAUCGGUCACCAUAAGCCUAUCAUCCUCCGCAUCGUCUCCUAUACCCAGCUUCAGCACAACGGGUUCGUCGGCAUCGCUGUCACAGAUGUUUCCCGGUACAUCUGCCGGUUCUCAAAAUCCGAUAUUAUCCGGCACUACGUUGGUCCUGUCUUCAAGCGAUUCCACCUCGCGGGCAACCACUUUCCAGCUGACCAACUCUUCCUCGACUUCAAUGACGAUACCGAUGACGGGCAAUACUGCAGUAGCACAAAGCGCGUCGACAAGUGA